AUGCAUGUCUAUCAAAUGCGGUCAUCCAACCUGUCCAUUGUCCACAUCACCCGGCAGCGCUUGACGACUUGUAUGAACGCACUCAAGGAUGUAUCUCGAGUUUGGCUUGUGGCUAAGAUGGUACACACCCUCUUUGACUCUAUCCUCGGCAAUAAGGUGCUGGAGGAGCGUCUACAGAAGGCCGCUGGUAAACGCCACGCAAAGUCAAAGAAUAUGCAACCCACCAAGAACCCACUCUCACGGAGCAACAGCGAUCUACAGAAGCGCAAAUUUGACGAGAUGGAGUUUGGCUACAGCGGGGGUCCACCAGCUGCUCAAAUGUCCUAUGAACGCUCAAGACCACAAUCUCCUGUCAAUCCUCCUCGAGAACCCCAGCCGAUAUCAGGGCUUCCAGGCAAUAAUGCAAGCCCUUCGCUGCGUCAAGACGCCUUUAUGGGCACUUCUCGAACCAACACACGUCCAACCACGCCAUUCAACACAUACUCAUAUCCUGGCACACCACCAGACCUCUUCCUUCACACUCGCACAUCGCCCAACAUUUCUCAAGACUUAUGGCAAAACUACCAACCAGAUCAACUAUUCCCACCAGACACCACUGGCAUGUUUCCGACCGAAAGUCCUGCACAGCAAACAACCAUGGUAGAUCCAGCUCUACCAGGAGCAGCAGGACCCCCUCCACAACAAACUUACGCUAACACGGCUCAACCGCCUCAUUAUCAGCAACCAGCUGCACCAGUAGGACUCGGGAACGGCAUGAUGAAUUCUGGUCCAGCACAACAACAGCACCAGUACCCCGCGCAACAUUUACAGCACCCAUACGGACAGAUGCCAGACAACGGCGAACAUCAGCAUCGAACAAGCAUGGAUGAUACAUGGAGCAACAACAGUGGUUCUACUGGAGGUGGCCCUAUCGUGCCAACCACGUUGAAUGUCGGCGACUGGUUCGAAUUCUUCGGCAUUCCGAACGGAGACAUUUCUGCACUGCAUGCGCAACAGUUUUGA